CUGAUGCGCUGAUGUGUUAAAAGAAAACAGCCGCAGAUAGAGUCGUGCGUUUCUCCACUAAUGCAGUAGCGUGAAAACGAAAAGAAGCGGCAGCGGCUCAGACAGGCGUCAAUGGUAAAGAAGACACAGAGGAAGAGACGAAGAGCCCCGAAUCCAAGAAGGAAUGGCGCCCAAAGGUAAAGUUGGCACAAAGGGGAAGAAGCAGAUCUACGAGGAGAACGAGGCAACGCUGAGGUUCUACACCAGAGUCAUCCUGGGAGCUAAUGCGAUUUACGCUGCAGUGAAUCUGUUGGUUUUCUACACAUCGUCUACUGUUUGGACAUGGCUGCUCCUUGCGUUUGUGCUGGCAGUGUAUGUGGGGAGCUACCGCUCUAUGUCCGCCAUGGCAAAGCCAGUGUUUGCUGACGACGGAAGUCUCCUGGAUGGAGGAAUAGAUUUAAACAUGGAGCAGGGGAUGGCAGAGCACCUGAAAGAUGUCAUCCUGCUCACAGCCAUUGUACAGGUCCUCAGCGCAAUCUCCACGUAUUUUUGGUAUCUUUGGCUGCUGGCACCGGCUCGUGCAGUGCACCUGUUGUGGGUAAACUUCCUGGGACCUUGGUUUAUGGCAGAAAACUCAUCAGCACCGGAGGAGAUCAAUGAGAAGAAGCAGAGAAGACAAGAGCGCAGACAGAUGAGGAGAUUCUGAUGAUGCAGCAGAGCAGGACUUUUAUACGAGCCCACCUCAAACAGAUGGUGAAGUGUUGUUAAAUCAAAUCAUCUUUCUCAUGAUGCAUUUUCUGAUGAAACGUCUCACACGAGGUUUUAAUGUUUUAUUGCACGGUCCCAUCACACUGUCUUCUGCAGGUUUAUAUUCUUUGCUUCUUGGACGUUACAUUUCGUUUUCUCUAACGUUUUGUUAAUGAGAUGAGUUAAUGAGAGAUUUUGGUUUAUGAGCUGUUAAGUUUUAUAAAAUCAACUGGACACGAAAUGAAUCUGCAUCAAGUAAAUGGAAAAAUUUUUCAUCCA